AGCUCCGUCGCGUUCGCCUCAGGACAGCAUGAGCGCACCAAGCGACGAAGCAUCCGCUUCAGCGGCCGCAGGACAUGCCUCCACGAACAAGCCUCAAGGAGACGAAGGUCAUCAGACAUCCCAUCCUCACCAUCUCAAAUGGGGCGACAUUGCCGUGUCGGGCUUUGCGCCGCCGUCUGAGGCAGAGGCAGAGGAGGAGGGGCCAGUGGAGGCCUGUGGGGCGACCAAAUGGGCCCAAAAGGGAGCCAGCGUCGAAGAGCAUCGCCGCAAGCUGACGAGGGAUCGCUCGAUGGAAUUGCUCGAUUCCGAGUCACGUAGGAUCCACUCUAACCGGCGCUACCUCGUUCGCAAACCGCGCGCGCUCCAGUACUUUCGAGGUCGCACGCUGGUCCGAUCUGACGAAGAGCGCUCUUCAGCCAGGCUCGAGCUCUUUUUCGACCUCACAUUUGUCGGCAUCAUUGCCGUUCUCGCCGAAGAGGUCAUUGCCGAGCCCACAGGCGCCUCGCUGGUACGCUACCUGAUCACCUACACCGCUGCCUUUCUCAUCUGGUCCUGGAUGCGCGAGAUCUUCAAUGCCUUUUACAAGGAUGACCUUAGCCAGCGCGUUUUGGUCCUUGUCGUCAUGGCCUGCCUCAUCGUCUAUGGAAACAACGCGCCAAAGGCCGAGCAGUCGCGCCAUGAAGGGCCCGCCCGUGCUGCAGCCGUGGGCAGCUACCUGUUGGCUGAGGCCGCAAUCUUUACUACCUUCUUCAUCUAUUCUUUCCACAUCAAACCCUACCGUGCCCAGCUCCGCGCUCACACGCUCGCAUGGCUCUGCUCCAGCGCCAUCUGGAUCGGCCUUAUCUUUGUCGACAACAUAAGGGGUGCAAUCGCAAUGGCCGUUGUCGCUCUCGCGCUCGAGUACGCCGCUUGGACGUUUGUCUACACGCCCGUAUUCAAGCGCAUGAUGCGCCUUCGCUAUUCGUCGGCCCUGGCUAUUGACCAUGAGAUCGAGCGCUUCUCCGAUUUCAUCACAAUUGUCAUGGGCGAAUUUCUCUUCAGCGUCUUCUCAGACAGCCCAGCUGGGACUGGCGUGCACAUAUCAGCCGGUCGCGCCGUCAUGGCCGUGAUCCUGGCCUUUUGCUUCCAGCUCCUCUACAUGCAAGGCAGCGGCUCCAAGGCCAUCGACCACCCGCUCCGGUACGAGAUCCGACGGGGCAUUGCAUAUAUUACGCUCCACCUGCCCGUCGUAUGCGCAUUGACCCUCUGCGGCGACUCCAUGGCCGACUUCGUGCGCAAGGCACGUGUCGAAUCGUCUAUUCGGUGGAUCGCAUGUGAGACGUACGCUAUUGGCAUGAUUGGCAUGUGGUGCCUGGCCAUGCUGGAGCACAGCAAGGAUGGCAAGGGUGAGCUGUGGCUGCCCAAGUGGGCCAGGCUCAUCCCCCGGCUCGUCGCAGGCAUUGUUGCGAUUUUCUUGCCGUUGACCCAUCAGCUGCCGCCCGAAGAAGAGGAGGCAGCAGCAACUGGAGAGGGGUCAUCCCACAGCGGCAGCGCCUUGGGGCUUCUCGCGCGCUCCGCUGUGGAGGGGGCAGCGGCGGCGGCCGAAGGAGCCGAGACCGAAGGUUCGUCUGCAGAAGUUUCCCACGGUGGCCCAGACAUCACCACAACAAAGCUCCUCGGCAUCCUGACCUGCCUCUCCGUGCUUGCGCUCCUGUGGGAGAUGGUGACGUGCCUCGAUGGACCCAAUGCGCCGCAUGACAGUGCACCGCAGCACCUCCUCGACCGUGCAGACGACGGGCACACGACACGGGCCGCGCUCGAGACGCCAAAGUGGAAGGGCUACCCGACGCUCUUUGAGCCGGGCGCUGCGACAAUUGAUCGGUCACACCAGCGAGAGCAGGGCACCGACGCCGCGCAUAUGAGCGCAAUCUCGCCGGUAACGACGAUGGAUAGUGGAGAGACGCAGGUGUGAUGCACCUUUACCUUCCUCUUCACACCUCUUCACCAAAGCUGUGUACCUUCUAUUUUCGAGCUUAUGCUUGGCUUCGUUGUCUGCCUUUCCUUCCUUUACUUCUUGUUGUUUUCUAGGUUCUACUUAAUGGAUUGACAGUGCUGGGAACUUUGCUCCUCUUAUGCCC